AUGUUAACGAACAAUCCUCGUAUGAUUCGAUCGGCAAGUCGAACGUUGCACAAUGCCACGGUUAAUGUGUCUAAUCAAAAAGUACACGAACGGCAGCGUUCUCCACCACCUUCGCCCUCGAAAUCUCAACAUCGAGAACAAUUGACUCUUUCGAAUGAGCAACAAGUGGUGCCAUUGUCGACACAGUUUUCGGCGAUAAGUGUCACAACGGACAAUGAUGAUGAUCACGAAAAAGAAAUUGAAGAUGAUUUUCGAGCACAAAUCCAAUCCAUUCUUCAGGCGUACUUGCAGAGGACGCGACGAUCAAGUCCAAUUAACUCGAUUUUUGACAUGUCCAAUUGUGUUGAUAAUUGA